CGUACCCAGAAGGAAACAGUCAAGUCAAAGCCACUUCUUAGUCAAAAUCUAGCAACUAUGUGGUGUUCGUUGAUUUACACAGCUCUUUUAUCUUUCUCAUGGUGUGGAGUGCCUUCUUUAGCCAGCGCACCACAUACUCCUGCUACGAUGCCAAACAAAGAUCCUCGUCCCGUAGUGCUGGUUACGAACAAGGAAACGCCGGAAAAGGGCGUCGACAAGUUGCGGCAAAAAUGUGAGGUGAUCUUUCCCAGCAGUCAUCCGGCGACAAGGGAAGAAAUUCUCAAGCUAGCGGGCCAGGUUGACGGUAUCAUGUGGGUUGGCCAUAUGGCACUGAACGGAGAAGUGCUAGACCGUGGUGGUUCUCGCCUGAAAGCCAUCUCCACCAUGUCGGCCGGCAUGGACUACGUGGACCUGGAGGAAUUUAAAAAGCGUAAGUUCCCGCUCGGCUAUACACCGAUCGUGCUGAACGAUGCAGUGGCCGACACGGCAAUCGGACUGAUGAUCGCUGCCGGACGGCGCUUCCACGAAGGUCGGCUCGCUAUCGAGGGAUCUCAGUGGAACGGUGGUCCCCAGUGGAUGUUGGGUCGAGAUAUUAAACGCAGUACGGUCGGAAUCAUCGGAUUUGGUGGCAUCGGUCAAGCGAUUGCAAGGCGUUUACAAGGAUUUGAUGUCGGCCAGUUGCUGUACUCGGGACGACGGACAAAACCCGAAGCAGAAGCACUAGGGGCGAAGCUGGUUCCACAGGACGAGUUGCUGCAGGAGAGUGACUACGUCGUGCUGGCUGUUCCGUUAACGAACGCAACGUACCACAUGAUCAACGAAACUACCCUUAGCAAAAUGAAACCCACAGCGGUACUGGUAAACGUUGCUCGUGGCGAUCUAGUCGAUCAGAAGGCAUUGGUGAGCGCACUCAAGAAGGGUACAAUAUUCGCAGCCGGCCUGGACGUGAUGUCUCCUGAGCCGCUUCCGGCUGACGACGAGCUGAUGACACUUCCCAAUGCCGUCAUCAUUCCGCAUCUCGGUUCCGCGACGGUGCGAACGCGAGACGACAUGGCCGAGAUAGCAGCCCUGAACGUUCUGUCGGGAAUUGCCGGUGCUCCGAUGUUGUCACCCUAUCCGUACUAAACUGAAGCGCAUUAGGGAAACGAAAUUCGUUACAAACAAAUCAACAAAUGAUGACAGAGUGGGAUGAUGAUUAAAUUUUGAUUAUUGCGUUCGUUUUAAAGUCGUUUAAGGUACUGAAAGACAAAUCGUUAUACCGUGCUUUAGAUUCAAUGUUAAAAUUUUGUUAGGAAUUUUCUAAAAUGUAUGUGAUGUUUCAGGAACAACCCUUGCAUUUUGCUUAUACAAUGCUAAAAUAAAAAACAACGAAACAAA